AUGUGCGCUUCACCCGACUUUUUCUCGUUUCCCCCUCCACAGUUUGGCAAGGAUGCAAGGAAACUAUUCUUUUUGGAGGAGGGGUUCGUUAACCUUAACCAUGGUUCAUUUGGGGCCCUUCCUAUCCCAGUUCAGGAUGGUUGUUUCGAGAUAACCAAAGAAAUCGAGCGAAAUCCAGAUGUUUUCAUGCGCCAAAAGCUUCUCGAACGCAUCGACGAUGCGCGUGAGCUAGUUGCUCCCAUGUUGGGAGCCGAUCCUAGCACCUGUGUCUUUAUCCCCAAUAUAUCUACAGGAAUUAACACAGUCCUCAAUAAUUUUCAGUGGACAUCUUCCGACGUGAUUGUACACACUGAUUCUGUGUUUGAUUCCGUACUGCUUUCAAUCAACCGUAUGCAGACCCCACAAAAGUCUGUCUUCAAGCUUCCAUUUCCACUCUCCCAUGCUGCUAUUCUGCAAGACUUUCGAAAACAUUUGCAAUCUGUGAAAGGCAGCGGAAAAGUUGUGGCCAUCUUCGAGACAAUGAUGCCUCUUCCUGGAAUAAUUCUUCCAUGGAAAGAAAUGGUUCGAAUAUGCAAGGAAGAAGGGGUCUGGAGUGUUGUCGACGGUGCUCAUUCCAUCGGGCAUGAACUCGACAUUGACCUUUCUUCGGCAGAUCCCGAUUUUUGGAUGACGAACUGCAGCAAAUGGCUCUUCACAAAGAAAGGAUGCUCGAUACUCUAUGUCCCUUUACGAAAUCAAGAAAUAAUUAACUCAACCGUUACUCCUCCCUUGACUUACCCAACCCCUGGAAAGAGGCCGAGUAGCUUUGUCUCAAAAUUCUAUUGGAAUGGGUCAACCGAUCUCAUGUCUGUUCUUAGCAUUGAAUAUGCAAUUGCGUUCCGAAAGUAUAUCGGAGGCGAGAAAAAGAUCAACGACUACUGCCACGAGCUAGCAUUGAAAGGGGGCCGCUGCGUCGCAGCUAUUCUAAAAACGGAAGUCAUGUCCUCCGAUAGAAUUGCAGAGGAGUUGAUCGGGAACAUGGUUAACGUAUCACUUCCAAUUCAUCAAAGCAUCAAACCCUCCGGAGAGAUCUACCUUUUGUACCAAAACACGUUCCUAAGUACGUACAAGAUGUUUGCUCCUAUCUUCUACUACAGAGGAAAGUGGUGGGUUAGAAUCAGUGCCCAGAUCUAUAACGAUAUCGAUGAUUUCAAGAAAUUGGGGGAGAAUUUAGUUGUAAAGAACCUCUUAGAACCAGCAACAGCACCCACAUUCUUAGCCAUGGAUCCCUUCCUUCCCAAAUUCCGUAUCCCUACCAUCGAAAGACUCGGGGUAAAGACUUGUAUGCCCGAUGUAACAGAAAGCACGGCCGCGCAAAUUGCAAAGGAUUGGUUCGACGCUUUCUCCUCCUUUGCCCAGGAACAGAAUGUUUCCGGAAUACAGGGACUUAUUUGUGAAGAUGCGCUGUGGAGGGAUCUCUACGCACUCACAUGGGACAUCCGCACGUUCGAUGGAAUAUCACGUAUUCAAUCUUUCCUCAACGCCCGCAUGCAAACCAUGACAAUGCAUUCAUUCACUUGGAGGAACUUCGCUCGAUUGCAGAGGCCAUAUCCUGAUUUGGUGUGGAUUGUCGUAAUGUUUGGAUUUGAAACAUACGUGGGACGCUGUAGCUUUAUUGCUCGGCUUGUCCCAACCCCUGGCGGGUGGAAGGCCUUCACGUUAUUUACUAACUUGGAGAACCUGAAAGACUUCCCAGAGUCUAUAGGCCCUUCGAGACAGAGUGUACGUGUCGCUUCGAGCGCAUGGAGAGAUCACAGAGAACAAGAAAACCGGUUCACAGAGUCUAAUCCGGCAGUACUGAUCGUGGGAGGAGGCCAGAGCGGGUUGAGCCUAGCAGCACGAUUAAAGUAUCUCAAUGUGCCCACUUUGGUCAUCGAAAAAGAUGGUAGGAUUGGGGAUUCAUGGAGGAAGAGAUACGACUCUUUGUGUCUUCACUUCCCAAUUUGGUAUGACAAUAUGCCGUAUAUUCCAUUCCCCCCAACAUGGCCGAAAUACUCUCCAGGUUUCAAGAUGGCGGAUUGGCUCGAACACUAUGCUGAUAUCUUGGAAUUAAACAUAUGGACUUCAUCAACUGUACUGGAUGCUGUGCAGCAUCAGGAUGAGACCUGGACAGUCCGAGUAAAGAAACCGGAUGGGGUCAUUCGCGUAUUCAAUGUUAACCACUUCGUUAUUGCCACAGGGCAAGGUGACGGAGUUCCACGGAUGCCUUCUAUUCCCAAAGCCGACAUUUUUCGAGGAGAGAUUUUACAUUCGUCGAAAUACAAACGACCAACCAACUUCGUCGGCAAGAAGGUUGUUGUUAUUGGAACGGGUAACUCAGAUGUGACUAUGUACCAACGAUCAGCUACUCUCGUCAUGAAUCUCGAUAAAUGCUGGGAUCUUUUCGCUGGACCCCUCUACAGUGAAACCUCGCCACCUAACGACCUAUCUGAUCAGUUGUCUCAAUCCAUACCUCAUCUCCUCUUGGAGGGAGGAUUGGCUCAACGUAACACCGCAGCCAUUCUUGCCAGUCAGAGAGAGAUGCAGGACGCUCUUAGGGAAGUCGGGUUUAAGCUUAACGACGGCGUCCUUGGAGCUGGAAUAUUGUUAAACCUAAAACAAAAGGGAGGUGGACAUUACUUCGACGUCGGCGCGUCCCAGUUGAUCAUAAACGGAGACAUCAAGAUAAAGAGCGACAGUGCUAUACUUGAAUACGAGGAGCACGGGCUAAAAUUCGCAGACGGAAGUCGUCUUGACGCCGACGUCAUUAUUUGCGCCACAGGAGGUGGCGAUGUCCGUCAGAUUGUAUCCCAACUGUGCGGUGAAUCCGUAGCUUCAGAAUGUCCACCAUUUUUUGGCGUGAAUGAGGAAGGGGAAAUGACAUGGUUCCGACCGUUCCCUAGGAAAGGAUUAUGGUAUAUGCACGGCAACCUUUCUCUUACCAGGUUCCAUUCCAAGCACGUUGCCAUGUACAUUAAGGCUAUGGAAGAGAAACUAAUCAUAUCCCGAUACCCCUCCGACAUGAGCCCCAAGUGCAUUCAGCUCAGACAGCUUGAGUUGCCUCCCAACAGUGAGAUUUAG